GCGCAUCUAACACUAGACGAGAUGAAAUGGAGAGCUUUGAACACACGGACCUUAUAAACAAAAGCUCUUCGCACGGAUCAGAGAGCCGCUCUUCCUCGCAGCAGAAAAACGGUGACAGAGAUCUCCUUGUCCGCGGCUCUGAUACACAGCCACGACCGAGCAUGGGAUUGAACGCGCCAGGAGGAACCGCCACGGCGGCGGAGCUGCUCGUCGACCUGGCCUCUAAAACGACCGGCCCUGGAUUAGCAGUUAUUAAGAAACAAGUGAAGACAGGUCUACCACUUUACCACAGCAGUGUCCUGUCCCCUGCCGCCACCGCUAAAGGCAGCUGCCAUGGUGGUUUGGCGCAGACGCCCAACGGCUACGUGAACGGAGUGGCGGAGAUGCCGAGUGGCCUCAUGCAACCCCUGAGCAGCGCGAGGGAAAAUGGGGACAGCCUCCUACACAACACAUUUGAGCCUUUGAUGAAACGAGGGAAGGCAGAGCUGUGUUUCAGGCAGCCACAGAACCAGCGAAGAAGAAGCAGGGAGAAUGAGGACUCGGAUCUGCUAGCAGCAGUCGGGUCUGGGGCUGUCAAUCGGGGGAUUCACAGACCUGGGGAGCUGCCAGUCGUCGACUGUAAGAGGCGACGGGUGGAGGACAACCAGCACAGAGCAGGUUCCCGAACGGCGAAGGAACCGGUGCCUCAAUCAGCCGUCGUCGAUGGCAACGGGCUUCUUGGCAACCCGCUGCCCGACAGCCACAGGCUUUACCACGGCAACCAAAAAGCGGUGGGCGACUCAAGGCCCCCACCGGACUCCGCCCCUCCGGGACAGAAGACGUGCACGUCGCCGACGGAGGCCCCGCCCAUCCCGCCGCCGGCGGCCGGCUGGUCGCCGGAGCGCUUCGCCCAGCAGUACAUCGUGCCCUGCAUGAAGUACUACGGCAUCUGCCUGAAGGACGGCUUCCUGGGGCCGCGGCUGGGCGAGCAGGUGCUGGAGGAGGUGGAGACGCUCAACCAGAGCGGCAAGUUCCGGGACGGCCAGCUGGUCAGCCAGCGUGCCAUCCCGUCCAGCAACAUCCGCGGCGACCGGAUCGCCUGGGUGGAGGGGCGGGAGCCGGGCUGCGAGGGCAUCGGGGCGCUGAUGGCGCACAUCGACGAGGCCGUCAUGCACAGCAGCGUGAACGGCCAGCUGGGAGACUGCGUCAUCAACGGCCGCACCAAGGCCAUGGUUGCGUGUUACCCUGGCAACGGGACGGGCUACGUGCGCCAUGUGGACAACCCCAACGGGGACGGGCGCUGCAUCACCUGCAUCUACUACCUGAACAAGAACUGGGACGUGAAGGUUCACGGGGGCCUGCUGCAGAUCUACCCAGAGGGGCGGAGCGUGGUGGCCAACAUCGAGCCCGUCUUCGACCGCCUGCUCAUCUUCUGGUCGGACCGCCGGAACCCCCACGAGGUCAAGCCUGCCUUCGCCACACGCUAUGCUAUCACAGUCUGGUACUUUGACGCCAAGGAGCGAGCUGAAGCCAAAGAGAAGUACCGAUUGGCAACCGGACAGAAAGGUGUUCAAGUGCCUGUCACUUCAAGCGGCAAGUGUUAACUGGCUGGAAGCGGUCAGUCCCAGGGGUGUGUUUUUUUGAACAUGUAUGUGCCUACCUGCGCUGCUAUUGGACGAGCUAAUGAGGGGAGCCACGCAGAGACCAGCCUGCUCCAUCCCACGCGGUCUCAACGCAUUAAAGCCCCGCCUCCCCCUCCUGCUUGGCCCCCCCUCCAGGUCGGCCCAUGCAAGGGCGCCCCUGGCCACGUGAUUGAGUCAUAAAGGGGGAGAGAGCGGGGACUCCUGUGGCCCCCCCCCCCCAUACAGUGGAAGGAACAGAAAGCUCCUCCUAUUUCAGCAAGGCCCAAUCCUGGACAUGCUUGCCUUGCACCCGAUGCUGUGGGUGGCUGCUGACGGCAGUAGGGGGGGGGGGGUGUGGUGACAUUGACUUGUACAUUUCAAUCUCAGCCUACCCCUCCAAGAUCCUCAAGAAAGACUCAAACGUCCUGCCCCUGGUAACCCGCUCCUAUAUUUGCCAGGCUACGGACAUGGAGGAGCUGCUGUUUUUGGGCUGUCCACAGGGGGCGCCAUUGCGGAGUGACAUCCACCCGCCGAGCAGCGGUGCCGUGGUCCCUGAUCCUUUCCCAGCGGAGGGACAUCCCGUUCAGGCCGUCGCUCAGGGGGAAGUGGACUUCGCUCACGACGGCUUUAUCUCCGCCUCUGAUUGGACGUUUGCGGCGGGGCCACUCCCUCCAGCCUGGUCAGCGGCGGCCGAGGAGCGGACGGCGGCUUCUGCGUGGAUCGGAGAGCGAGGGCUCCCGCGUCACAUGGUGUACAGAGAUCCACGGCGCGAUACAAGAAGUGCUUUUCAAUCUUUUCAAAAAGUUUCUUUUGUCUUUUUUUUUUCUUUGACUGCUAUGCUUGAGCUAGGUUACUAAACAGUGCGUUCUCCAAGGACUGUGCACAGCCGCUUGGACGUUUUCCCUUCUGAAAGCGUGCGGGCUUUUUGGACGUAGCCAUGUUUACUCACGCGCACAGGAGCACAGGCGCUCGCGCUCGCUGACUGCUGAUUGGGCGGUGCGGGGGUUGGAGGGGGCGUUGGGUCGAGCCACUGUGCUUGCCUGUGCGUGUGCGUGUGUGUGUGUGUGUGCGUGUUUGUGUGUGUGCGUGCGUGCAUGCACAUGUAUGUACGUCCGUGUGUGUGGAAAAGUGUGAGACGGAGAGCGAGACAGGUCCCUGGAGUGCGCUAGCUUUGCUUUCUCUGCUCAGACACUGUAUGCCUUCUUGUAGAGGAAGCUCUGAGGCUGCGGAGCUCAGCGCUUGUGCUGUGUCAGGUUUCAGGGCCUGACUUCCAGCCUCCAGCCCUUUUCCGGCUGCUCGUAUGAUUCCCAAUCGGUAACCAGGGUCAAAAGGUUCUCUUUACCAGCGCCUGGAGCUAGUGCCCAAACCUGUACCUGUUCUCCAGUCCUCUUGUGGGUCGCGAGUGCUCAAAUGCAUUUAACCCUCUGAAGAGUAGGUCUUUCAAAGUGUUUUUUUUUUUUUCAAAGUCCUAAGUCAGUGUUCUAGUACUCCUUUGCAUUCGGUUACCAGUAGUGAUUAUUGCAUCAGCAUUAGAAUGUUCAGCUAAGAACAUUCUAAUCACAUAUUUGUGAUGUCACACCUUAAAGGGGUAUUUCACUUUGGUAUAACACAAGUAACACAAGUCGUUUUGUGAAGCUUUGUAUUUGCGUAGCGUGAAUACUAGCAACAUCAGAUGUCUGCGCACACGUUUCUGUUAGUGGCAGCACCGCUCCUCCUGGUUUUCCAGGUACCCAUUCACUCCCAUUCAUUUCCGCGACCUCGCCGAAAUACGGAAUACUACGGAGGAUAAUAGGUUGAUAGAAGAGAGUACUAACGUCAUAAGGUCCAAGGUUUUUUGAAUAUCUGGUGUAUUUUCAACACUUUAUUGCCUUGAAAACGUUGUGUUAUUUUAACUAAGCGAUGUAUCCUUGAGCACGAUAACAUAUUCACAUGGGCGCAUGCAUUUU